AUGCCCUCGGAAAAAAGUAUUCAGGCAGGUCUAUCGCUCAUCGAAAGCGACAAGUCCAAGGUCCUCAACUUGACCAUCGGAAGCCAUGAAAACAUCGAGCCCGGAGUGUACAUUCCCCGCGCAGAUGCUCAAUCACCCCCAAAGCUCUCCUUCCCUGGCCUAUCAACCGACAAGACUUACUUUGUCGUAUGUCUGGACAUUGACGCUCCUUUCCUGUCUUUCAAAGUCCUUGGACCCAUCCUUCACUGGAUCCAACCUGGAGUCAAGGCUUCUGAGUCGGGACAGCUAGAUCUUAGUGCGCCCUUCGUUUGCAACUAUAUUGGUCCUGCACCCCCACCAGGUAGCGGUCCUCAUCGCUAUACGUUUUACCUGUAUGAGCAGCCUGCUGGAUUCGAAACUGCAAAGUAUGCUCCGGCCGAUGGUCAGAAAAUGGGAAAUUGGUCGCGGAUCCGAUAUGAUCUUGAUUCUUGGGCAAAGGAGAUCAAACUGGGCCCAGUCUUGGCUUUCAAUUACUUUACCAGCAACUAG